AUGCGACACGUUCUCCAAGUAGAGCUGCAGAAUCGCGCCGAUGGCUACAGGCACAAGACGGCUUUUUUUCUUGUGGAAAAAGUUGCCCUAUGUUUCCAGCAGCACGCCGUUCUGACCACCAACCUCGAGUUCCCGGUUGGCAAGUUUUUCGGCGAAAUGACGGGCGUGGUUCGUUCUCAGGAAUACUGGGACAGGCAAUUUGCAGAAAACAUGGCCAUUGUGUGCACUGCACAGAUCUUGCUUGACCUCCUAACCUGUGGAUUCAUUUCUAUGAGCCAGAUCAACUUGCUUGUUUUUGAUGAGGCGCACCAUGCAAAGGGAAAUCAUCCUUACGCUCGCAUCAUCAAGAACCACUAUAUGCGCUUGGCUGACGGACGUCCUCGUAUUCUUGGCAUGACAGCAUCUCCUGUCGACGCCUUGACAAGGGAUGUUUGGCAUGCCGCUUCUGAAUUGGAGAGCAUGCUGUGCAGCAAAAUUGCCACCAUCUCCGACGAGGCUUUGAUGCAAAAUCCCGAAGUCUCGAAGACGAGGCUUUGGGAUUCCAUUUCGCGCUGUGUCCGCAGCAACCCUCAAUUCAGAAGACAUCUGGAAUUUGCGUCCAACGCAUCCUCAAUCUUGGGGACAUGGUGUGCUGACCGCUACUGGCAACUCCUAACGACAGACAAUGAGAUGCUCAAAAUUGAAGCCAGAACUGGACGUGACAACUUGGAGCUCGACGUCGCCGCUGGCGAUAAGGCGAUGGCGGCUGUCGCUCAAGUGAGAGGGAUCAUCAAGGAUCACGUCUUCGGGGCCAUCCAGGCCGGUUCUCCAGAACUUUCGUCCAAAGCCAAGACGCUUUAUGAAGUUCUUGAAGAUGCUUUCUGUAAGCGGCUGGCAAAGAGAUGCAUUGUUUUUGUGGAAGCAAGAUCGACUGCCUUUCUUCUGGCAGAUCUAUUUGAGCAGCCGGGGAUGCAGAUUCCUGGAGUGAAGGCUGCCUACAUGAUUGGCGCUCACUCUUCAACCGCCAGCGCAGCAUACAUGUCUUACAGGGACCAGAUCGUGUCUCUACAAAAGUUUCGACGUGGUGAAACAAACUGUCUGUUUGCCACAUCCGUUGCAGAAGAAGGAAUCGAUAUACCAGAGUGCGACGUGAUUAUCCGAUUUGAUUUGUACAAAUCUGCGAUUCAAUAUAUCCAGUCCAAAGGCCGGGCUCGACAAAAGUCGUCACUCUAUGUCAGCAUGGUCGAGGUAGGCAAUCUGGACCAUAUACGCAAGUUACGACGGGCAGCCAGGGAUGCUCAUGCGCUGCGACAGUUUUGCUCUGCUCUGCCUGAAGAUCGCAAGGUUCCUGAUUUUAUCGUUGGUCCUGAUAUUCUGGCUGCCCAAGAACAAGUGACUCAGAGAAGUUUUACUGUCGCCGAGACAGGCGCUCAGCUUACGUUCAUCACAAGCUUGGAAGUGCUGUCAAAAUUUGCCUCGUCGUUCCCAAACCAUGCUGAAGAAGGAAUGCUGCACUUGGAGUACAUUGUCACUUCCGUAGGGCAAAAGUUUACUGCUCAAGUCAUCCUACCAGAUGGGUCUCCGGUCAAGAUGUUCUCUGGAGAAGUGCAGAAGAGCAAGCAGUUGGCAAGAUGCUCUGCUGCGUUUGAAGCCUGCGUAGAUCUCAUCAACAAAAAGUACAUCAAUGGCAAUCUACAGCCAGCGUUUACGAAGAAACUGCCCUACAUGCGGAAUGCAAGGCUGGCGAUUUCAUCAGAUCAGAAAUCCGAAUAUGACAUGCGAAUUAAACCAGAUUUUUGGUCUUCAUGUCUCGCUCCAGAGCCCCCGACUAGUUUGUAUCAGACCACCAUAGCCCUCGACCAGCCGGAAGCUCUUGGGAGAGCAUCUCGCCCUCUAGUUCUCCUAACUAGGAAGCCGUUGCCCGACAUACCGAGCACCCCGUUAUUUUUCGGUGGCGGUCGAACGUCGGUUGUACGCCUUUCGAAUGCGCAAACUUCAUUUGAAGUGCUACCUCAUAAGAUAGAGGCACUGGCAAGUUUUACGUUGAGACUCUUUACCGACGUUUUCAGCAAAGAGUAUGAUGCCAAGUCGCACGAAAUUCCUUACUUCCUUGCUCCUAGCAAGCUCUCAUCAGCUGGUGACAAAGCAGCAGAGAUUGACUGGGAAGCAGUGCAAUAUGCCCACGAGAACGAAAAACUGCACUGGGAAGAUGCUCCAAGAGAGUUCUUCAAAGACAAGCUCGCUACGGAUCCGUGGGACGGAUCUCGAAAGUUUAUCUUGCAUGGUAUCAAUGAAGAGCUUAAGCCGUCUGAUCCAACACCAAAGGGUGUCCCGCAACCCAAGAGUCUGGGAUACAGAAAGGUUGAGCAAAACAUCAAAGAAUACAGCAACAGCCUUUCUAUCAAGUCGAGAAAGAGAAUGAACUGGAGGGAUGACCAGCCAGUCGUCAAUGCAGAGUUACUCCCAAUCCGCCGAAACUUCCUAGACGAGUUCUUUGUAGAAGAAGAGGGAGAUGGCGCUUGCUAUGUCAUUCUCGAGCCGCUGUGCGUGUCACCAAUCCCGAUAGAUGUCGUCUCCAUGGCCCUGAUUUUGCCCGUAGUAAUGUAUCGAAUCGACUCAGUCUUGAUAGCUCUUGAAGCCUGUUCUCUCGUCGGUCUGUCUAUCCGGUCUGAUCUUGCCCUCGAGGCUGUGACAAAAGACAGUUUCAACACGGAAGAACAUGGCGAACACCAGAUCGAUUUUCAGCCUGGGAUGGGUAAGAAUUACGAGCGCCUAGAGUUUCUUGGCGAUACAUUCUUGAAGAUGGCCACAACCAUUUCCAUCUUCACUCUUCAUCCCCGUGCAGAUGAAUUCCAGUCUCACGUCACGCGAAUGUUGAUGCUGAACAACCAGAAUCUCUUUAAGCAUGCUGUGGAGAAGGACAUGCCUGCGUACAUUCGCACUAAAGCAUUUGACCGUCGGACAUGGUAUCCGAGUAACAUGACGCUGAAGAGGGGUAAAGCAGCUAAAACGGAGGCAAAGCAUUGUCUGUCGCACAAGUCGAUUGCAGAUGUUUGUGAGGCGCUCAUUGGAGCAGCUUACAUGACAAGCACCACCGAGAAUAUGGACAUGGCGGUCAAGGCCGUUACAGCCAUGGUCUGCUCAGACAACCACACAAUGCUCGAGUACAAGGAUUAUUUUGCAACGUUCGCUGCCCCGAAGUGGUACAGCCAGCAGACAUCCGCCGCACAGCGCCUCACCGUGGACAAAGUUGCCGACAUCACAGGCUACCGCUUCAAGUGUGCCUCCCUCGUACGCAGUGCCUUCCGACAUCCAUCGUAUGUCUAUGAGAGGAACAUCUCUGAUUACCAACGGCUCGAGUUCUUGGGAGAUGCACUGCUGGACAUGGCAGUGGUGGACUUUCUGUUUAAGCGGUUCCCUGAAGCAGAUCCGAAGUGGCUCACGGAACACAAAAUGGCCAUGGUAUCGAACCAGUUCCUCGGCUGUCUCUGCGUCAAGCUUGGUCUUCACAAACAUAUUCUGCUGGCUACAAAUUCCCUCCUGGGCGACAUUGGGCGGUACGCAGGCCAGCUUGAGCAAGCAGAGGACAUGGCUAGGCAGAAAUCACAGGGCGGUGAUCAGGAAUCUUCUUCUGAUGGAAGCUCCUCCCAAGCUGAAGCUCAAUCAAUCCCCCAAGAUUUCUGGAUCGAGGUGUCACAGCCUCCAAAAGCUCUGGCUGACGUUGUUGAAGCUUUGGUGGGAGCCAUGUUUGUUGACUCGGGAUUCUCCUUCUUUGUCGUACUGAGCUUUUUCACAAAGUUCAUCCAGCCCUUCUUUGAAGACAUGGCGCUAUACUCGUCGUUUGCGUCGAACCACCCAGUUACGGCCCUGUCACACAAGCUACAGGCCGAGUUUUGCUGCAACCAGUGGAAGCUUCAUGUGGCCAAUGUGCCGACGUCCAUAGAUACCGGCAUCGCUGUGGCGUCUGAGAGCGACCUUCUCUGUGCCCUCAUGGUCCACGGCAAGGUGAUUGCGCACGCUACCUCGUCAAAGAGCGGCAUGGAGGCCAAGGUGACGGUUGCCAAGCUAGCGCUGGAGAAGCUCGCACUUAUCCAAGACGCAGCCCAUUUUAGAAGAGAGAUGGAGUGUGACUGUAGCGGCGGCCCAGCAACCGUCUCGAGCUAG